GAAGCUUCGUAACAUUCAUUUUGACAUUGACAAACGCGGGAAAAAAUUUAAGAAACGUUUGUUUUGUUUCUCGUUGUUUUUCUUGCUUAUUUAAUUUUAUAAGUUUUGUUCGAUAUUUAAUUAUUAGAAAACCUCAAAUAACUCGUGUUUUGUAAUUAAUCAACUUUACAACAGGAAGCGGGUCAACAAAAUUGCUUCUGUCUAACAUUAAUGUACGUGCAUUUUUGUUGAACAGAGGUUUUAUUAAAAAUGAAUUUAAAGGACCUGGAUGUAGCAAAAUUAUCAAGAUUAACAUCCUUACAAAUCGACCAUGUUACUUGUUUGGAAUGUUGUAAAUACUACAUAGCACCUGCAACGGCAGCUUGCGGACACACACUGUGCCAUACGUGCUGGCGAGGACGUCGCACUUGCCCAGCUUGUGCCAAGCAACUAGAGCGCAAGACGCUUAAGCUAAACAUUCCUCUUCAAAAACUAACAGAACAUAUCCAAACGCUUGGCGAAGCGUUUGAAAAACUUUUUAAUGUCAAAUUGGAUGAAUUCAAUCUGGACACUCCAGGUAGACCUGAUUCUGAAAAAGAUCCUGAUAAGAAUGUUAAAGAUUGGUUAACAAGCUCACAGAAUCAUUUUUCAGCAACAGUUCAGAAUACUGAGGAAUUUACUCAAGAUUUACCACAACCAAUCAAUCCAUUGGAAAUAUCAGCAAGCAAUAUAAUCAUUCAUACUGAUACUAGGAAAACUGUAAGCCCUCCAAAAGUGGUUCAUGUACCACCUCCACAAGAUGAUUGGGACAAAAUAGAACCAAUGCCUGAGCCAACAAAUAACAAAAAAAGUGAAAACAUCAUUGGACCAAUGGAUAUAGAACCUUUUUAUGUUGAGGAUACUGAGUAUACUACAGAUAAUCCUCGAAGAAGCUCAAGAAAAAGAGAUUUAAAAGAUGAAUUAGCCACCAAGGACAUGUCUUCUAACAUGCAUAGUUCUAGAGAUUCAAGUGCUGAUAAUGAUAAAAAGUCACAAAAAUCUAAACAAACUUGGAAUAAUGUUAAAAAGAUGAGAAAAGAGUUCAGUAAGUUGAAUAAAAAAAAUAGAAAUAAACUUAAUGUUUCAAUUGAAAUGGUAAAGAAGACACAAAACCUAAAACAUGUUGCUAAAACGCCAAUAACAACUCAACAGGCUUACAACAUUGAUGACAAUACCCCAGAAUUUUCUAAUAAAGAAAAUGAGGAUGUAAAUAUAAACCAGGCUGAACUUGUAAAUGAUAUAAUUGAUACAAAAGUGAAUGUAACAGAAAAAGAAAAUAAAAAAGAUUACCCUGUAAAUGAUGUAGUUCAGGGAAUUGAAAUUAUACCCAGUGACAAUUGUGAAGAAGAUGAAACAAGUAACAAUAUAAAUAAAGAAAAUCACACCACUUUUAAAUGUAUUGAACAAUCUACUGAACUACAAAAACACACACAGGUUCCUCAAUCAAAAAUGACAUUUAUAAAAAAAGGUGCAUUAAAUCCACAUAAAACUGAAAAUUCUGUUGUGAAAGUAGUUGCAGAUCCUAUACAACCAAUCACGAAAUCUGUUCAAUCUGAAAACUCUGAUGACAUUGAAAUCUCAAUUAAAAUAGGAAAUACUAUAACAAAUAUAGUAAUAAAAAAGAAAGAAAAAGAUGUUCAGGUAAAAAUUAAUACUGACCGUGAAGUACAAACCUCCCUGGGCCCUGAUCAUUUAGCCAAAACUAGUAACUGUGACCUAAAAUCAACAAAUACUCAAAACAUUGAUAUAAGCAUUGAAAAUAAUUAUAUAGAUAAACAAAAACCUCUGAUUAAAGUACAAAACAGUACUGGCACUAAAACACAUGAAAUAAACAUAAAUGAAGGGGACAAGUUGCCCGUGGUUGAGAACAAUAUGGAGAAAACAACAUCUCUGAAAAAGAAUACAGCUUCUGCUGAUACAGCAACUGCACAAUUUGAAAUAACAGAAAGUGUUGAAAAAGAACUGUCCAAGAUAAUGGAGUGUGAAGAUACAGAAAAUGAAGAAAUUAAAACUAUGAAAAGCAUUUCAAAACCACAGUUAGAAAAAGUAAACAAAAUAAUAGAGCAAUCAGAAAACAUUAAUGAUUUCAAUGAUUUAGACAUAUUCCAUAGUGGUUCAGUAAAGGAGGCCCAAGUUCAGCCAUUAAAAGAGCAUGCACCUUCAGAAAUAUUAGGAUCUACAGUCUGUAGCAAGUUUAGGACACAAAAACUUUCAGAGAAACGUCAUAGAGACAUUAAUGAUGGAGAUGUGCUACCUAAUAAGAAGAAAAUUAAAAUAACACCGGCAAGUAAAAAUAAUAAUGUUGAGACACAACCACAAACUGACAGUGAACCAAUAAACUAUGAUGCUAUCAUGGGACAAGUGUUUGCCAGCAUAGAUGCAGAUAUGGAGGACAUUAGAAAGAGUCAAGAGACUGUUAGUGGUUCAAUUCUAAAGGAUAAAGUAAACAGUCAGCAUAACCAAGUAGCUGAACUGAACAAAAAGAAUUUAACACAAAUAAAAAAUACUCAAAUGAGCAAAAAAGUCUUGACUCAGACAAAUGUCGAAAUGACACCAAAUUUAAAGGAAUAUUUCAAUGAAAAACACAGUGAAAAUGUAUUCUCUAUUGUAGAAAAGGAUGAUGAAGAAAUUACUAAAACGGAUAAGGUACCACAACAAAUUGAGGAAUUACUAACACCAGUUUUAUGUCAAAAUUUAAACUCUACUCAGGAGACCCAAGAUUGUAUUAUGAAGACUAAUAAAACAAAUGCAAGGUCCCAAGAUUAUGAUGACUCUGAUAGGAGUGUAGUUGAGGAAACACCACAAAAGAACAUAUCAUUCACUAAACUCAAAAGAGCCAGCACAUCAAACCUAUCACAAAUAGCUACUACUGAAAAUAAGAAAGUUUCUUUACCAAAAUCUACACCAAGUGUAAAAAGUAUAAUUAACUUGACAGACACUGUGACUGAAUCUAACAGAAGUAGCAGAGAUCUAACAGUUAUAGAAACUGCUGCCGCAAAGCAAGCACUGGAAACGCCAUUGACAAUAACAAAGUUUGCUGAUCAAAUUAAACAUAAGUCAACUCCAAUGGCGAGAAAAUCACUUAAUUUUGAUCAUGAAAAUGAUGAUAUUGAUCCUGAGCAGACUCUUUGCCAGACUUCUGAAAUCGCUAAAACAACGCAGGAAAGGGAGUUUAUGAGUAAAGCAUUUGAGAGAACGCCGACCACGCCCGCUGCACGACCUCUGGUAGCCAGGAAUUUAGCGUCAAGUGCUAAUAAGGAGUACUGUUUGGCCGGAUCCUGUCUCACGGCAAGUCAAAUAGCGAAACUUAAAAUUCUUUGCAAUGAAAGAAAAUGGAGUUAUGUUGAUAAGUACACAAAUGAUAUUACUCAUUUGAUAGUUGGUGUUGAUGAUGAGAAAAAAUCACAAAGAUCCGUAAAAUACAUGUGCGCACUCGCAGCAUCCAAAUGGAUCAUAUCAUUUGACUGGAUCGAUAAAAUUAUGCAGACUAAAGAAAUAGUCAAUGAGGCAUAUUACGAGGCCCUGGACAGCACUGGUGAGCCAGGUCCGAGGCGCUCAAGGAUUGCGAAGCAGAAAUUAUUUGAUGGCAUCACGUUUUACUGCAUGCCACCAUUUGGCGUGCUCGAUGUUGAAACCCUGAAGAAUAUGCUGAUGGCUUCUGGUGGCCGCGUAGUUGCAGAUAUGAGACACGUGCGAAUAUCCGAAGACACUACCCAACCUGCUCUGUUGUUAGCUGAACCAGAAUCCACGCAAGAGGAUCGAUUUAUAUUCCUCGCUAUGGAACAAAGUAUAGUGCCGGUAAACUACGAGUGGGUUUUGAAUUGUCUCGGAGGCUACUCUCUGAUCUCUGUACAAGAACAUCUUCUGUGUCCAUCGUCCCUUCUACCAGCUGCCACUGCUAAAUGGCCCGAAGUUUUAUUCUCACAAGAUGAUUAAGAUUUCUAUUGUAUUUUUAUUAUUGCAAUAUUCUAGAAUAACGUUACUAUUAUGUUACAAGAAAAGUUUUAAUAAACUUUAUGAAAAUAUCGUAACUAGAUUGGUUUUGGUUGCUCUUAUAAUUAUGAAAACACAUAUCUUUCUAAUAAUAUAUUAUUGUGAUCACAGUUGUGUAUAAUAAUAAUUCUAAUGUGAAUAAGUUUUCUAAUUUCGAACUUUUCUGUUAAAAAUGUUUAUGACAAUAUUUUUUUAUUAUAUCUAAUUAUGUUUUAUGUUAUGUUAAUGAUGGAUGAUUAGUACAAUUUUAAAUGUCAUCAAAUAUUGUGUUGUUCUAUAAUUUACGCUAAUGUCUGGUACAGACUUUUACAUUCAAUAGAAUUGAAAGUAGAUUUACUUAUGAAAUAUAUAUUUUAUAUGAAAAUUGA